AUGCCUGUGCCAACAUCGAGCUUGAUUCAAAAUGGCUCGUCCUCGAACCAAACUUCCCACUGGCCGAUGACCCUAUACCAUCUUAACACUGCCAAAAAUCGUGCUACAACUGAAAAUAUGUUAGCUAAAGGUAUUAGAGACACCAAAACAGUUUGUUCUAUUGUUGAAGCAAACCGCUUCACUCUUUCAAAAUAUGCCGCUGCUCGUAAUGUUAUUAUAAACGAUCAGACAGCUUUAGUUGUGUCAAAUGACCUCACCAUCUUUGGAUACGAAAGAACUCAACCAAAUUUUAUUACUGCCCUCAUUGGUAGGUCAAACAAAGCCAUCUUAAUUCUGUGUGUGUAUCUAAAUCCAAAACUAGUGUCUGACUUAAUGCCGGUGCUCAUCCAACAGUUGGAAAAAAUUAAAAAAUUUCCGUUCCUUUGUAUGGGUGACUUUAACUGCGAGCACCCGUUCUGGUCUAUCAAAGAUAAACGUAAUUUGUCAUCUGAUUCACUUGCCAACUUCAUCAAACAACACUCUCUCACCAUAUACAAUCCGGAGCCUAAUCCAGACAGUUUCACCUUCAAAAGAGGAAAUAACUUUUCGUGGAUAGACCUCAUUUUCGGUAAUGUAAGAACAGACAAUUUUUUACUCUCUCCAGACGUCAUCAUUGACCACAAAAUACUCUCAGUUGAUUUUGCUUUAGCUCAGGGCUUUGAAGAUAAACUCAGACAGAGACAGUUACGAACAGUUCACCGAAAUCUUAAAUACCCACAAUUAAAAACCAACAUAGAUCUCAGCUCCUGCUCCCAAAUAGACUCAACCUUCAAACAUAUAAUGAUAGAUCAUCUUAGUGAUAGCAAAAUCUUCAGAUUCAGGACAAAUAAUAGCAAAACUUUACGACUAAGAAAAAGGAUAAAAAGUAUGAAAAGGAAUAAUAGUUCCAAUCACUCAAAUGAAAUAAAUGAAAUGAUUAAGGAGCUUAAACUUCAGGAGAGAGAGGAAAGACAGAAAAUAAGGAAAAACUCUAUUAUUUUUGUGAUGAGAAACUUGAAAAAUACUAAGGCUAUAUGGCAAAUCUUAAAUAGAAUCAUUAAACCUGUUGAUACUCUAUCAGCACUACUAGCCGAUGAUAAUUUAAAAAUGAAUGAACUGAGAGGUUUCAUUUAUUUGAAACCACACUUUGGUCUCACCUCUGGAGCGGAGAGAAACUGUCUGGAUGAAGCUGAGCUUGUUGCUCUGAGAGCUCUCAACUUCACAAAACAGUCUGGAUAUGCUGAUGAUUUUUCUCUACGAGCUUGGAAUAUUUUCUGGGAAAAGAAUAAGGAAAAACUCAUCAAAAUCAUUGCGGAAACCUUUACAUUGGGUUACAUUCCUCAAACUAUUAAAAUUUUUGGGGCUCAUCUCAUUCCGAAACCGGAUGGCCGUUUCAGAAUGAUCCGCAUCUCUAAUUUUAUGCUUCAGAUCUAUGAUAAAAUACUCUCUAAAAGAAUUCAAAAAGUGCUACCCCAAGUUAUAAUCAAAAACACACAGUUUGCCUACCAAAACAAUCUCAACACACUUGAUUUACAUGUAACUCUAACCAACCACUGGCAUCCCUCAAAAAGCCUGAUUUGUGCUGAUUUGGAAAAAGCAUUCGACACGGUAAAAAUUGAUUUCGCUUUAGAUGAGCUAUCAAAAGUCUUAUGUUCUUCUGACAUCAAAAUGAUAAGACAGUUUGUACAUGGGAGAUGGUUACGCACCAGAAUCAAUGAUACUUACAAGUACAGACCUGAUGUUUUUGGCGUUCCUCAGGGCUCAAAGGUUGGACCCUUGCUGUUUAUUUGUGCCCUUAACAAGGUUAUUCGGUCUCUCAAAAUGAAAUCUAUAAACAUCAUGGCUUUUGCCGAUGAUGUUUAUGUAGUUGCUGAAUCAAAGAAAUGCAAGAAACCAACCAAACAUUAA